GCAAGCGUCGGCUCCCAUUGGCCUUUGAGUGCAGUUGAACGCGAAGCAGUCGCGUUUGGCAGCCGUCAGGCACUUGUCGCCGACGGGGUUCCAACCCCGCAAGGUUUGGAACCCCACGCGUGCGCUCGGAAGCUUUGGAGAGCGUCUCCCGCACUGCGCAAUUGUUCGCCGUCAAAAUCGCCGUCGUGCGCGGCGUGCCAUGACGACGCCCACGCAAGGGGCGCUGCCCUCGACGGCGCCGCAGCGCUGGACCUGCCGAUCCUGCAACUACGACCACACGUCGAGCACCGAGGUAACGAUGGCGGUCUGCGCGGCCUGCUGUACGCCCAAGGCGCCGCCGCCGCACCGGCGCAGCGUCUCCUUCAGCGAUGUGGACACGAUCGACGUCGUCGAGCCAGCCAACGAGUGGCCCGACGCCGAGCGCCGCGGCAUGCGCGUGAAAAUUGCCAGAGACGACGUCGACUGGUCCCAGGUCCCUCAGAAGCGGCCCGACGACGACGGCCCGCACGUGCUCGGCGUGGCGCUCGACUACGACGGAAGAGCCUACGAGGUCCGGGUCCUCGACGCCUACACGGCCUGGCUGCCGCGCUACCGCUUCUCCGUCGUGUCUGACUCUUGAGUGCUCGACGCUACAUGCAGAGCACCGCUACAUAUCCCUCGCUACGACUGGUGCAUGCGAACACCAUGCACAAACGCACCGCCAAUCACCGCGCCCCUUGCUGCUCGACGCCCAAUGCAGAGCACGUAUCUAUCUCCCCCGCAGCCGCGAGAAAUCGCGCCACGCGGCGCCUCCCCUCUGAGCACCUAAGUAUAUAUCACAC